AUGAAGCUUCCCCAAGGUUUUAAAUCGAAUGGAGAAACACGUGUUUGUCGCCUUCAGAAAUCGCUCUAUGGCUUAAAACAAGCAUCACGGUGCUGGUUUGAAAAACUUGGUACUUCUCUUCGAACUUAUGGUUUUAGACAAACACGCACUGAUUAUUCACUCUUCGUCUAUGUCAAAGGAGAUGUUUGUCUGCGCGUCUUGGUUUAUGUUGAUGAUCUUAUCAUUUCUGGCAAUUCUCCAACGGCGAUUCAAACGUUUAAAGAAUAUUUGUCUACAUGCUUUCACAUGAAGAAUCUUGGUCCCGUUAAAUACUUUCUUGGCAUAGAAGUGGCACGCAGCCCCACUGGUAUUUAUUUAUGCCAAAGGAAGUAUGCUACCGAUAUUGUGGAAGAAAUGGGGCUUCUUGGUUGUCGUCCAGCUGGUUCACCCAUUGAUCAAAAUCACAAACUUGCUUUAGCUGAUGGUGAAUUACUUGGUGAUCCCGAAACUUAUCCCGACGUACACCGUACACUCGGUCAAGGGAUUCUUCUUCGUGCUGAUUCUCCUCUUCAUCUUACGGGUUGGUGUGACUCCGAUUAUGCUGGCUGCCCAUUGACUCGGAGAUCCCUUACCGGCUGGAUAGUUCAGUUUGGAGAUUCUCCAAUAUCAUGGAGAACUCAAAAACAGGACACCGUCUCUCGUUCUUCUGCGGAGGCCGAGUACAGAGCAAUGACUGAACUCACAUCUGAAUUACGGUGGUUAAAGGGACUUCUUUUGGACUUUGGCAUUGAUCACAAAGAACCAAUGUCACUUAUGUGUGAUAGCAAACCAGCUAUCCACAUUAGCUCCAAUCCUGUUUUCCAAGAACGAACAAAACAUGUAGAAGUUGAUUGUCACUUCAUUCGUGAUGAUAUCAUCGCUGGUUUGAUUAAACCGAAACAUGUUUCAACAGAGGAUCAACUUGCGGAUAUUCUUACUAAGGCAUUGGGACGCAAGGAGUUCGGCGCAUUUCUUCUCAAGUUGGGCAUUCACAACUUGUUUAGCAUAAUGUCGCUCUAUUGUAUUAUGUAUAUAUACUUUGGCUUUGCCUCUCAUGAAAUACAAGUUAAAAUUUCGGAUUCUAAGUUUGUCAAGUACGCUAAAGGAGGCUCUGUGAGGCAGUUCUUGACUAAGAGACAAAACCGGGCCGUGCCUUUGAAGUUAGCUCUUAAGCAGGCGCUUGAUGUUGCUAGGAGUAUGGCUUACGUCCAUGGACGUAACUUCAUUCACAGAGAUCUCAAGUCUGAUAACCUUCUCAUCUCAGCUGAUAAGUCUAUCAAGAUUGCUGAUUUCGGCGUGGCGAGAAUCGAAGUUCAGACCGAAGGAAUGACUCCAGAGAUGAUACAGCAUAAAGCCUACAAUCAGAAAGUGGAUGUGUACAGUUUCGGUAUUGUGCUUUGGGAGCUGAUCACAGGACUGUUAAAACAUAAAAAUCGCCUAUAA